UGAAUCAAGACAUAACAUUUGGUACAUAUACAACAAAAUUCAUACAUAUAUAGCUUUAAGAUCAUAUAAACCCAUUACCCAUAACCCAUUUACAGCUAAGAACCUGUCAAGAAAAAUGGAGUAGUAAAAGUAAAAGACAGCAAAGGGAGAGGAUGAGAUAGGAGUGAAUGCAAUUUGCACAAAUGUCAUAAAAAUCUUUACACAAAAAACCUUGUUACAUUGUUGCUAAAAAUAGAACCCAAAAAAAAAAAAAAUCUACUUUUUUUUCUUCACUAUAUACACUACCACUCAACUAGCUCCACCAUUGAUCUGUGUUCUGUUUUAACACCAAAAUCAAAACCCAUUUCGUGAUUGCCGAGCGUCGUUCAUUUUUCAUAUCUUCUGCACAAACACUCAGAAAACAGAGAGAGAGAGAGAGAAAGUAUCUAUAGUAAUGAUGAUGGAUGAGGGAGAAGGAAAGAAGAAAGUGGUGGUGAAAACCGAGGCGUGUGAUAUGAUGGCAGGUGUUGAAGAUGAUGAAGUUGGAUUUGUCAACGUGAAAGGAGACAAUAACAACAACAACAACAACAACAAGAAGAACAAGAAGAUGAUGAUGAUUAAUGGGUCGGGUCAACGGAUCCGAAAUGAUUAUGGUUUUGUUACUGCUGCAUUUGGAACUGUUCAAAGGAAGAAAAGGAUGGCUAGACAAAGAAGAUCUUCAUCUUCUACAAUUACCAUUCAUCUCAAGAAUCUUCCUUCUACUGCUUCUACUACUACUACUACUACUACCAGCUCGCACGUGCCAAUUUCAACAAUUCCUCCUCUUUUUCGCUAUCUCCCUCCCGAAAUUGAUCAUAGGAGGUUGAGAUUCCUUUUCCAAAAGGAGUUGAAGAACAGUGAUGUUAGCUCCCUUAGGAGAAUGGUAUUGCCAAAGAAAGCAGCAGAGGCUUUCCUUCCUGCCCUCGAGUCGAAGGAAGGAAUUCUUAUCAGCAUGGAUGAUAUAGAUGGUCUUCAUGUAUGGAGUUUCAAGUACAGGUUUUGGCCUAACAAUAAUAGUCGGAUGUAUGUACUUGAAAACACCGGAGACUUUGUUAGCACACACGGUCUACGAUUUGGAGAUUCCAUCAUGGUUUACCAAGAUAAUCAAACUCACAAUUAUGUAAUUCAAGCAAAGAAAGCUUGUGAUCAAGAUGAGUAUAUGGAAGGAACUAGUGAUACAAUGAAUGACAUCUUCAUUGAUGAUUAUGAGGUGAACCAGAGUUGCUUUGAUGUAGCUUAUCCUACAAUGAAUGAUACAACAAGCAUGUCAUUUAUAUAUGACACAACAAUCUCAAAUGACUCACCACUUGAUUUUUUGGGUGGAUCAAUGACAAAUUACUCAAGGAUUGGAUCAGUUGAAACCUUUGGCUCUGUUGAGAAUUUGUCACUUGAUGACUUCUAUUGAGAGGUCAUUGCUAUAUGUGAAGGGCACUAACAUUGUACCAAAACUCUAGGAAGGUGGGUUUGUCCAUUUUGGUACUAAAGAAACAUCAAAGUGGUGUGUGUGUAUGUCUGUUUUUUUUUUUUUUUUGUUCUUUUUGUGUUUGUCAUGACAAUGAGAGGAUCUGUGUAAAAUAAAAGAGUAGUCAGUGGACAUGUUUUUGUGUUCCUCUCUCUUGAACAAAGUUGGGACUGCUCUACGAUGUAUUGUUUAUAAUUUUUGGUGGAUAACAUCUACAUAAAUUAUUUUGAAUGUUCCA